AUGCAAAAUAGGUGUAUUCGUUCUGAAACAGCACAAAAACGUUUAUUUCUUGAGGAUGACGACCUAACCUUAGAAAACGCUGUCAAGAUUGCUACUAGUCAAGAAGCGGCUGAUAGUAGUACUCAGUUAAUACGGCAUAAUAGUAGUCCUACUGCCAUUGAAAACCAAACUAAUAAAGUUAAAUCGUCGUCAUCUAAACAACCUCAAUAUGCUAGUAAGAACAAUACCAAAAUAAAACAAUGGAAGUCAUGUUCCGGUUGCGGAGGUAAACACAUGAAGAAAGAUUGUCCACACAAGGAUGUUGUUUGUCAUCGUUGUAAUAAAUCCGGUCAUUUUGCACGUCGAUGUCUAUCGCAAUUUAAAAGUGAAGGUGGAGAGGGGAAGCAUAAAACAAGUCAAAUUAAAAAUGUCAAGCAAUUGUCGCAUGAUAAUCCUAUCAUGAUUAACGUCCGUUUAAAUGGAGUUCCGACAGAUUUAGAAUUAGAUACUGCAUCAGGAAGAUUCAAAUGGACUGGACAGAAAUUAAAAAAACAAUGUUCUGAGGUAUGUCGCGUUAGCAAUGAAUUGUCACUUGACAAGUUGUUAAAAGAAUAUAGUGAUGUUUUUGAUCAACCGAUCGGAACUAUCAAGGGUUUUAAAGCCAAGUUAAUGCUCAAGGAAGACGCUAUUCCUCGCUUCUUUAAAUCACGUCCUGUUCCAUUUGCAUUGCAAAACAAGGUUGACAAAGGACUUGAAAAAAUGGAAAAAUCCGGUGUCAUUAACCGUAUUGAAACAUCGGAAUGGGCUUCGCCAUUGGUAGUAGUACCAAAGCCUAAUGGAGCGGUUCGCAUCACUGGAGAUUUUAAGCGUACCAUAAAUGGUCAAUUGCAUAUUCAGCAAUAUCCCCUUGCAAGAGUUGAAGAAAUACUCGAGAAGAUUUCAGGUAGUCAAACUUUCACUAAAUUGGACGGUCCAGAUGCAUUUCAUCAAGUAGAAGUAGAAGAGUCAUGUAAGAAGUAUUUAGUCAUAAAUAUUCACCGAGGUCUCUAUAGAUAUAACGUAUUACCUCAAGGUAUUUCAUCGUCACCGGUAAUUUUUCAAGAGUUAAUGGAUAGAAUGCUCAAAGGAAUUCCGAUGACAGGAUCAUUUGUAGAUGAUACAAUUUCUACCGGGAAAAACAACGAAGCUCAUUUGCAAAAUCUCAAAAUGAUACUCCAACAAGGUAUCUGUACCGACCCGGAAAAGGUGGAAUCAAUUAUGUCCAUGAAAGGGCCCAGAGAUGUAAAGGAGGCAAAGUCUUUUUUAGGUUUGGUAAACUUUUACAGUAAAUUUAUUAAUAAUUUAUCACAUCUCUGUGAGCCGCUGAAUAAAUUAACGCGUAUUGGCGUUGUUUGGAAUUGGAAUAAUCAAUGUAAGGAAAGUUUCAAGAAAAUAAAAAAAUCUGUUUCGAGCGCCCCUGUGUUAGCUCAUUAUCAACAGAAUGUUCCUAUUGGCAUAGCAUGUGAUGCAUCAUCUGUCGGCAUUGGAGUAGUUUUAUUUCAUCAUCACGAAGACGGAAGUGAACAACCGAUUUAUUUUGCCUCUAAAACAUUAUCAUCCGCCGAACGUAAUUAUUUGCAAGUGGAGAAAGAAGCUCUAAGUGUUAUAUUCGGAGUAAAACGCUUUAUUCAAUAUUUAUAUGGACAUCGCUUCAUACUGAUCACAGAUCACAAUCCACUACUCGCAAUAUUUAGUCCAAAUCGUGAUCUACCGUCUCUAGCAGCAACUAGAUUACACCGUUGGGCUAUGUACCUGUCUAGUUUUUUGUAUGAUAUUGAGUAUCGCAAUACUCAUCAUCAUAGUAAUGCGGAUGCAUUGUCACGUCUACCACUGAAUAUUAAUCAGCCAGUAGACAUUAUAGUAGAAGAAGAAGUCAAGACCAUUGUAAAGGAACACCCAAUAUCUUCAAGCUUAAUAAAGCUGAAAACUAGUCGCGAUCCAACAUUGUCAAGUGUUAUUCGUUUCAUUAGAGGAGGUUGGCUAAUUAAGCAAUCUCAGCUACCAGAUAAACUGAAACCUUACUUCACUCAUCGAGAUGAAUUAAUAGUAGAACAAGGAAUUGUUAUGUGGGGUAUACGAGUCAUUGUUCCUGAAGCGCUGCGUCAACAAGUCUUAGAACAAUUACACGAGACACAUUCUGGAAUUGUUCGAAUGAAGUCGUUAGCAAGAAGUCAUGUAUGGUGGCCAGGAAUAGAUAAAGAUAUUGAAUCACUUGUAAAAUCUUAUGCUUGUAGCAAAUGGCCAGAAAUAUACAAUUUGGGAAAAGACACAUCGUCAGCACUUAUUAUUCAGUGUAUACGAGAGAGUAUUGCACGUUAUGGUAUUCCAGACACCAUAGUCUCUGAUAACGGUCCUCAAUUUGUAUCAAGAGAAUUCGAGGAAUUCUGCAAAGGAAACGACGUUCGUCAUACUAAGUCAAGUGCCUAUCAUCCUCGAACUCAUACAACUACAGGUGCUGCUCCCUCUGAGCUUAUGAUGAGAAGACCAUUGAAAUGUCGCUUAGACUUGCUUCAUCCGAAUGUUGAUUCUGUUGUCAGGAAUAAACAAGAGAAGCAGCAGCAGCAAUUUGGCAGAAAGUUCCUGUUCGUCAAUUCAAUAUUGGAGAUAAAGUUUGGAUUCAAACGUUUGGAAAAAAUGACCCUAAAUGGAGUCUGGGUGUCAUUAUAA